UUACAUACAAAAGCUCAUAUCCAUCCAAAUAAGUUGGAUCACAAUGGCAACUCAAAGGAUUUUCCUCAUCACUUUGAUGCUCGUGGCCCUAAUAGCCAUGCCGGUGGUAGCGCGACGAACAUCGACAAAGCGAAAGGUCAAUUCAUAUGAUGUCAAGGGGGGCGCUUCACCGAAAAAGAAGGCUGCUGCUAAAAACAUAGUAGCUGCAAUGGUGAAUGCCUUCCAAGGUGCUGCAACUGUUGAACCUAAUGAUGUCGCAGAUGCCAUUGAACAAAAGGAUGCUGCCACUAUAUCCGCCGUGGAGGCCAAGGCAAAUGAUGUUAGCGAUCCACCUACAGAAGAUGUAGCUUCCAAGUAUUCCGACGCCAUCAUUUCCCAUAUAGCCGCAGCCGAAAAGAACAUGCAAGAGGCCCAAGUUGCUGACUCGCCCGAAGAGGCUGUUGUUGCCAACAAGGCUGCUGCUAAGAACAUAGUAGCUGCAAUAGUGAAUGCCUUCCAAGGUGCCGCAGCUGUUGCACCUAGUGAUGCAGAUGGCCCAGAGGGAAAGGAGGUUAGCACAAUUUCACCCGCGGGAGCUGAGGAAAAAAAUGCUAGUGAUUGAGAUACGAAAGAUGUGGUUUCCAAGUAUUCUGAUCGCCAUUAUUUGUAAUGCCGUGACCAAGGCCCACAUACGCACAGCCGAAAAGGACAUGAAGGAGGCCUAAGUUGCAAACUUACCUGAAGAGGCGUCCGUUGCUAACAAGGCUGGCUGCUAAGAAUAUAGUGGCUGCGAUAGUGUAUACCGCACAAGGUGCCCGAAGGCAGAGCUAGAGCAUCUUUUUAUUGGGUUCACCUGCUUUUUAAGACUAGGUUUUAAGUAGAUAUAAGCAGUAAAUAUGUACUGACUGUAAAGAUGUUAAGCUAAUUUAAUUUAUUGGGACAUUGGGUUCAUGUGAACCCUAUGGUUAAA